AUGACAGAACAUGGAAUCAAAUUUGUUGUUUCAUGGACAUUCGAUCAUUUCUAUCAAGCUUAUUUUAAAAAUGAUAUAAUUAACGUCAAAAAAUGGCUCGUUUCGAUGAACAUUGAUGAUCUUAAUACAGUUGGAUUAGAUGGAAAUACUGCUCUUCAUAUCGCAUCACGACAAGGUCAUUUUAAAAUCGUUCUUCUGCUUCUUGAACAUCAUGUCUCUCGCUCGAUUCGAAACGAUGAAGAACAAACAGCGGAACACGUUGCAUUAACUGAUUCCAUCAGAGAGCUUCUCAAUUCUUCCAUACGUCCAUUUUCCAAUCUGGAUACGACUGAAACACAUUUUGUUGCUACAUCACCUGAUAUGGAAGGGAUUCAAUGGAUCGAUAUUUAUUCGAAUGCUCAUCGUAUUGUGCAUGAAAAUCGUAAUGAAAUGAAAUGCUGGUUGACUAAAGUACCAUUCAUCAACUUGCUCGAUGAAUUGGAUCGCGGUUAUAUUGAGAAAAUUUCUUUCAGUUCGGUUGCGAAUCGAGAUACCAUCAAGGCACAUAUGCAAAAGGCGAUUACCGAUCAUAGUCCUCUUCCAUUGGUAACUGCUUAUACAGAAUCAACUCGAUUUUUUUCCACAAUUAAUCAUGAUCUGGCCAAAUUAGGUUCUGACUUCCGAUUUGAGUGCAGUCUUGCUUUAAGGCGAUUUGGCUAUCGAGAUGAUGAAGCACCACAGGGAAUGGGGCAGCAUAUCUUUGUUGCUAUACUUAUCUAUCACUCGGAUUUGCAACCUUAUUAUUAUGCAGGUAUAACAUUUCGUGGAAUGAAUAUUACUCCAAACGAUGUUAGUUUGUAUGCUUUGGGGAAGAUUGUGAUGACUCGAUCGUUAUUAUCAACUUCGAAAGAACGUGAAGUCGCCGAAAUAUACCUUGAUUCCACUGGCAGAGAAAGAACUGUACCUGUCAUCUGUAUUUAUAAAGUUAGCAAUCCACAAUCAAGUCUCAAUAUCACCCAGUUAAGUAAAUUUCAAUACGAAAAAGAAGUACUUAUUCUCCCGUUUAUCUUUUUCGAGUCACUGCAGUCCGUGAAGUGCUAA